GGUCAGACGGGUUUUCCUGCUGCCAGUCCUGCACACACGUGACCUACCUUUUUUGUACACACAGUGAAACGCUUGCACUUAAAAGACAACGCCAUGGCGUGUGGGACAUAUAAAUACGAGUAUUACACAUUAUGAAACCAUCCAGCUGAAAAGCAAAAUACUGCUCAUCCAUCCGAUUCUAUCACUGAAGGUGGACCAUGGCGGCUGCCACGAGCAGCAAUGCAGCCACGCUACAGAUGAAGCAUUCCAGUCUCGAGCAUACACGGAAACGCAUAGACCCUCGGCGGAGGCAAGCUGCACUCUCUUUUCUUAGCAACAUUUCUCUAGACGGGCGACCGGUGCAGGAUGAUGGGGACAAUCAAAUCGACGAGGACAAUUCAGCUGAGGCAAGGACUAGACAGAGCCUGGUUUCUGCAGACCGUGCUCUGUAUCCGGCUGGCUCUCCAGUCGCUGCCACGGCGGCCCAAGCACUGGCUGCUGCAAACCAGGCUCUCACCAUUAACAACCGAGCUAGUUUUGGAAUGGGCUCCUUUGCAGCCUCCUCGUGUGCGGAUGCGGAAGGCGAUGCAUUCUCCAGCGGGCCUCCGGUGGGACCGUCUGCGUUCAGCUCUCCCUUUUCCGCAGUGCCAGCCGCGACCCGGGGGAGACUUCAGACCUACACUCAGGGAAUUCUACCUGCCACCUUUGCCAGGCAAUCCUCGCAGAACUACGGCUCUCUGGAAGGUGGUCAGAUAGGCAACUCAGCUCUGGAGCUUCAGAGGUCCAGGCGCAGACUCAUCUCCCAGCGCUCAUCCCUGGAAACGUUGGAGGACAUCGAGGAGAACGCUCCCCUCCGCAGGUGCCGAACCUUAUCGGGUUCACCACGACCAAAGAGCUUCAAGAAGGUCCACUUCAUCAAGAACAUGAGGCAGCAUGACAUGCGCAAUGGAAGGAUAGUCCUUAUGAGUGGCAGAAGAUCCUUCUAUAGUGUUUUUUCUGUCCUGCCCUAUCGAGAUUGUAGCCAAGCAGGGGAUGUGAAAAUGGAGAGCGGGCGCCAGCGGCACCCCUCGGGUGGCGUCAGUGCCAAGGAGAUGGUGAUCGGGCUGGAGGGCGUGGAGCUGGGGGCAGAUGGCAAGACCGUGUCGUACACUCAGUUCCUUUACCCCACCAACGUGCUUGGCCGGAGAAACACACUCGACUCCACCUCGUCCUUCUCGCAGUCUCGCAAUGCCAGCCACAGGAGUCUGAGCCUGGCGCGUGCCAACAGCAACCAGAGCAGCCUUGACACAGGGAAUGACUUGGGAGAGAUAAAGGAGUAUGACCCUAAUCUCCUGGAUGACCCUCAGUGGCCAUGCGGAAAACACAAGAGGGUGCUCAUAUUCCCCUCCUACAUGACCACGGUCAUCGAAUACGUCAAGCCCUCCGACCUCAAGAAGGACAUGAACGAGACGUUCAAGGAGAAGUUCCCGCACAUUCGCCUGACCUUGAGCAAAAUCCGAAGUCUGAAGAGAGAGAUCCGCAAGCUAGCUCAGGAUGAGUGUGGCUACGAGGAGCCCACGGUGGCCAUGGCCUUCGUCUACUUUGAGAAGCUGGUGCUGCAGGGCAAACUCAACAAGCAGAACCGCAAGCUCUGCACCGGCGCCUGUGUGCUCCUCGCCGCCAAGAUUGGCGGUGACCUCAAGAAGCACGAGGUCAAACAUCUCAUAGAUAAACUGGAGGAGAGGUUUCGGGUGAACCGCCGCGAGCUGAUCGCCUUCGAGUUCCCUGUGCUGGUGGCGCUGGAGUUCAACCUGCACCUGCCCGAGCACGAGGUGAUGCCCCACUACAGACGCCUCCUGCAGGCUUCCUAACAGCAGCUCCUCAUCAGGAGAGCCCCCCCGCCCCCUGCCCGCUCCGCCUCUCCUGAUCCCCGGCAGCACCUCCACCCGGCCGGACGUCCUGUACCCUGUCCCCUGCCUGCUAUUGAAAUGGACACACCCUACCCCCUACCGCAGUCCCCAGAUUAGCCAAGGGGACCUGCGUCUACUGAGCGUUUCUUUAGACUUAAUGGGGAAGGAGGCCUUUGAAAGGGAGUCCCUCCUCCGCCCCUCUCCAAAGCUGAUUUCCUAUUUUUUUUUUGUUUGUCAGUACAGGAUCUGUUGUACACAUUUGGCCUCUUGAUCUCUUCAAUUUUUUUUUUAUUUCUUCCUCUUGCUCUCCAAGCUAUGGCACCCAUCCCUGCGUGUAGGGCUCAGGGGUCACGGCUGUUGCUGUCUGCUGUAGCUGAGUUGUUUUAUAUGAAUGUUUUCCCAAGUGAGAGCAAGAUGGAGAAUGCUUGUGCACGGAACAAUUAGCUUGGUGAUGUGCAAAGUGUUUGCCACAUUUAUUUUUGAUUUUUUUAGAAGAACUAAUUUACUGAUUCCGAACUGAUCCCAAAGUUUGACGUUAAUCACAACCUGAUUAGCAAGUUAUUCUUUUCUUUUUCAUCCUCAUGGCAUUUUGCCUUACUUUCUUAUCCGAAUGAUUCCAGAGCUGAACGCAACACGACUGUUAAUGUCUAACAGUGACUUCACAAUGGUGAAAACUCUCUCAUCUCAUUCUCAUAUCACUAGAAGUGCACUUUUCUGUCUUGGUUUCUCUGACCAGACCUGUGUGUCAAAUAUAACACACACACACACACACACACACACACACACACACACACACACAC